AUGCUCCGACAUUGUGCGAUACUCGUGUUUAUCCCAGCAUUCGUCAUUAGCUCAGACGAAUAUGAGACAGUUCCUUGUCUCGACGAGCGGUUUGGAGGGGAAUGGAAGAAUGCGAUAGUUAAGCAGAUUAGGAGAUUUUACAAAAGGCUUUACACGAAAAAAUCUCUGGAGGGUAUAGUGAGAGCGACAUACGACUGCGAAAUGGAAAACUUUGAUCCGCAAAAGCCCUACCUCGAGUUUUCUUACUGGUAUACAAUAGACUUUAACUGGAUUUCCUUGCGGAUGAAUAUAUCCACAUUCAGGAUAGGCAUAGAAGCGGGAGAAUUUGGGAAACAGACUGCUAGGGAGCUCAGACGACUAGAAGGACAGGCUCCUGUCCGAAACAGCACGAUCUUUAUUGGCUGCAUGGUUGGUGCUUCCGCAGACACUGCUAAAAACUUUAAAAUCUACUGCAAUUAUAAGCUGGAUGACCGCAAUAAACAGAAAAUGAUAUCACCACAAUGA